AUGAUCGAAGGUUAUUCAAAGCUAAACACUAUCUAUGCGCAAACAUUCCACGAACUAAAUGGUUUCGAUAGACCAACUGCCAGUCAUUCAAUUGAACCAACAGGAAAUAAUCGAGAUAUCUUGAGUCUUUUAUCCAGUGAAAUGCGUUUCGAUAAGGAUACGAUGCAGUCAAGGAGUGGUGGCGUACAAAGCGUAACCGUAAGUCAGGAUUAUAUUACAAUUUACGAAACAUAUGAAGAGAAAAAUUGGAUGACACCUGGUACAUUAAAAAGUGUAUACAUAAAACAACCACCAGAACAACAAGAUACGUCUACAAGUCCUUCAGAACUAGUAGUAAAUGAGUUCCAAGGACAAAGUUUGAAAUUGACAAAAUGUCAUAGUGACAACAUUCCUCCCAUAUGUCAUAUUUACUCAGAGAACGAUAAGGAUAUUUCACAUUUGUGCAUCGAUACAGAAUCACACCAUAAAACAAAACAAGAAACAAAAGAAGAAGAAGAAGAAGAAGAAGAAGAAGAAGAAGAAGAAGAAGAAGAAGAAGAAGAAGAAGAAGAAGAAGAAGAAGAAGAAGAAGAAGAAGAAGAAGAAGAAGAAGAAGAAGAAGAAGAAGAAGAAGAAGAAGAAGAAGAAGAAGAAGAAGAAGAAGAAGAAGAAGAAGAAGAAGAAGAAGAAGAAGAAGAAGAAGAAGAAGAAGAAGAAGAAGAAGAAGAAGAAGAAGAAGAAGAAGAAGAAGAAGAAGAAGAAGAAGAAGAAGAAGAAGAAGAAGAAGAAGAAGAAGAAGAAGAAGAAGAAGAAGAAGAAGAAGAAGAAGAAGAAGAAGAAGAAGAAGAAGAAGAAGAAGAAGAAGAAGAAGAAGAAGAAGAAGAAGAAGAAGAAGAAGAAGAAGAAGAAGAAGAAGAAGAAGAAGAAGAAGAAGAAGAAGAAGAAGAAGAAGAAGAAGAAGAAGAAGAAGAAGAAGAAGAAGAAGAAGAAGAAGAAGAAGAAGAAGAAGAAGAAGAAGAAGAAGAAGAAGAAGAAGAAGAAGAAGAAGAAGAAGAAGAAGAAGAAGAAGAAGAAGAAGAAGAAGAAGAAGAAGAAGAAGAAGAAGAAGAAGAAGAAGAAGAAGAAGAAGAAGAAGAAGAAGAAGAAGAAGAAGAAGAAGAAGAAGAAGAAGAAGAAGAAGAAGAAGAAGAAGAAGAAGAAGAAGAAGAAGAAGAAGAAGAAGAAGAAGAAGAAGAAGAAGAAGAAGAAGAAGAAGAAGAAGAAGAAGAAGAAGAAGAAGAAGAAGAAGAAGAAGAAGAAGAAGAAGAAGAAGAAGAAGAAGAAGAAGAAGAAGAAGAAGAAGAAGAAGAAGAAGAAGAAGAAGAAGAAGAAGAAGAAGAAGAAGAAGAAGAAGAAGAAGAAGAAGAAGAAGAAGAAGAAGAAGAAGAAGAAGAAGAAGAAGAAGAAGAAGAAGAAGAAGAAGAAGAAGAAGAAGAAGAAGAAGAAGAAGAAGAAGAAGAAGAAGAAGAAGAAGAAGAAGAAGGAGGAAGAAGGAGGAAGAAACUGAUUAAAACUUACCUGAUUCUAAUGAAGUUAUAAAGUUGAAUGAAAAGUAAAUAAACAUUCAAAUCAGGAAAGAAUAAAAACUAUGAAAAAAUGUUGGAAUAUUACAAAAUAUUUACUUAUCAACAAAUAAAUAUGUUCAACAUCGAUUAGAUAAUAACUUUAAGAUAAACAAAAGUGAAUUAAAACAGAAUAUAUACUAAUGAUAUAACAAGUCUGUAUUCAUCACAAUCUAUAACUCUACUUAGACUACUAUCAGAAGAGCACAAGAGUAAAACAGUUAGCAGAUAUCUUAGAAACUCAUAUUAUCGAAACAAUAGAAUAUAUAUUAAAUAUAACUUAGCCAAAUAAUGAAAAUUUAAACUAUCAAGACCAAUCAACAACAACAACAGCAGAAGUCUUUAACACCGAUCCAGAGAACAAUUUUAAUUUAUU